AUGUCGACCUCGCAACCCCCCCUCCGCUUCUCCUCCCACAAGUCCCUCCCUUCCCGUCUGAUCCUGGCUACGCUGCUCGGUCGACCCAUACGCAUUGAUCAGAUCCGCCCCGAUUCGCCUACCAACCCUGGCCUUGCGCCGCAUGAGAUCUCCUUCUUGAGACUUCUCGAAGCGGUCACAAACGGCUCCCACAUUGAAAUUUCAUACACAGGCACCGUGCUGUUGUAUAAGCCGGGAUUGAUCACGGGCUCAGCGCCGGGCAGUGGAGCGGACGGGGUCUCGGGGGUAUUGAGACACGAGAUCCCUGCCACGAAUACACGAGGCUUGGCCUACUUCUUGAUACCGAUGUGCCUACUGGCGCCGUUCAGCAAGGCCAAAUUCAAUAUCUUAUUCACUGGCCCGGGCGUGAUUACGAGUUCUACCCCAGAAACAUGGGGCGAUAUGAGUGUGGAUUCCGUCAGAACUGCAAUUUUGCCCCUCUAUGCAAAGUUCGGGAUCGAGAGGGACAUUGAAUUGAGGAUUUUAAAGAGGUCGAACCCUGGACCUAGGGGCUUGGGCGGUGCCGGAGAGGUGCAGCUUGUGUUUGGUCACCAGGUGCGGCUACCCAAGACUCUACAUAUGCUGGACCCGGGGAGGGUGAAGAAGAUCAGAGGUGUGGCUUAUUCGACCGGCGUGAGUGGACAGAAUAAUGCAAGAAUGAUUGAUGCAGCGAGAGGCGUGUUGAAUAAGUUCUCGGGGGACAUUUACAUCUUUUCGGACGUCAGCAGUGCCAGUCUGGUACUUGCACCGACCAAGGACAAUCCGCAUGCAAAAAAGAAGAUUGGACUCGGUUUUGGACUGUCACUCGUUGCGGAGACUUCAGCGGGGUGCCUGUACUCCGCAGAUUCAGCGUGUCCGCCCGAGGGAGGCAAGCCACCAGAGGAAAUCGGGCAGAUGUGCGCAUUCCAGCUCCUCGAGAGCAUCGAGAGAGGCGGGUGUGUGAGCCCAGAGGCUCUCGAGACGGUUGUUACUUUGAUGACCAUGGGAUCUGAGGAUGUCGGCCGAGUUCAGUUGGGGAGAGAUGUAUUGGCCAACGAACAUACAAUCCAACUGGGACGAGAUCUCAAUGCUUUUGGCUCGGCAGGAUGGGGAUUUAGAGAUGCGGAAGGCAAGAAGGGAGCAGGGCAGCUCUUGGUCAGCAUUGUAGGAAGAGGAGUUGGCAACGUCGGGCGAAAGAUUGGUUGA